CGCACGCGCGCACGUACGUGCAUACAUCAUUCGACAAAAUGGCAGCCAGAGGAGCAGCAAGGAGGGUUCAUGAAAUCUUCGUGUCAAGACUUCCAUGGACGGCAGGCACCAAUGAAGUGAGGGAUUAUUUUGCUCAGUUUGGCAUCAUCCGAGCAUGCAGAAUGAAUUAUGAUUCCAAGACGGGGUUCUCCAAAGGCUUUGCCUUUGUAAGCUUCUCAUCAGAACAUGACCUUGAGAAGGUGUUGCAGAAGGAGCAACAUGUAAUUGAUGGACAGAAGGUUGGGGUUCAGCGACGGCAAACUGAGGCAUCAGUCGGCCGGCUACAAAUCAGCGAGGUUUUCAAUCCAGACAGUGAUAGCGAUGCCAUGUGAUACGUCGCUAGGAUACUAAUAAAUAACAAUGGUUCCAUGUCUGUGUGUAAUCCUGACCGGUCCAAAUACCGACCGGUUCAAAAUACUAUUUCAUUGGCCUAUAGUAUUUUGAUAGAUUCUGGAGUGCAUGGGCCAACCACGUUCACUUCUCAUGAGGCUGGAUAUGGCAGCUUUGUUUCAGGGUAUAACAAAUAAGCUGUCAGUCUUCCAGGCAGUGUUGGAUUUGGGCAGAUUCAGGACACUUUUUGGCAGGAACGUCUGGGAAAUUUUGAUCAAUGAAUGUGGUGCAAUUGUUUUGAACCAGGUUGGAAUUGGAGCAUUCUUCUCAAUACCCAAGAAAAACUGGUGCACAGAGAUUUCAGAUUGUCACCGCACAUAUCCUGCUUUGUUCAAACAGCAUUUUUGGAACCAAGACAUUUAUACAACAUGCAACUAGCAAACACAAACUUACAGAAAUAACAUUGGUAUCCAUGGAUCUGGGCCAUGCUUUCUACAUUGUUGUACAUUGAUUAUAGCAUACCAGACUUUAGGUUUCCAUUCCAUUAUUUCACAAACAAGGACUUCAUUGCUGAGCAAGCUUGCAAGUUAUUUACAUGUGCCAUCAUACGUAGUUAUGAAGCAGAAAUGUAAAGUCUUUCACUCAUGUCCAUCAUAGGUCUGGUCAAAAGUAAAUCACAAAUCACAGGCCAGUUACCAGUAACAGAACUAACAAAGGCCCCCCAAAAAGCGAACCCUGUUGUUGUAGUUCAUUUUAAAUGGUUUGGACUUUAGACUGGAUGAUGAACUCGUGAGGAAGUUAACAUACUCAAGAGACUUUACAACAUUUGUGAGAAGGCAUCACACACAUUUUGGAAGGAUUAUUUCUCUUUAAUUUUCCACUUGAUAUCCAAUAUUUCUGUUAAAAGAUUUGCUACUACAUUCUCAACUUAUUUCAGAACUUAAUAGUUUGA